GAGCAAUUUCCCGUUUUCUUUUUGUACUGGAAAGCGGUUUACAAGUAACCGGAAAUAACCGGAUAUUGACGAAACCGAUCGAACGAAAACUUCUCACUUAACUUCGCAGACACCUCGAUCUCAUCGAAGCUCCUCUCUUCUUACAUAUAACUUCACACCAAACAAACCUACUCCUCUCUCUCGUCUGUCUAGGCUCUAUCAGUUUUGCACAGAAAUUAUUAGAAAGGCUGUGAGAAUGGCGGCAACAGCAGGUUCAAGCUUGCAAAUUGCUACAAUAAGGCCAAGCAUUUCUGCUGCCUCUUCCAAAGUUCUUAAAGCAGGGACUUACAUUGUCGGUGCCAAUCCCGGGAACGCGUCGUGGGAUAAACUUACCUGCUCUCGCCAUUUAUCAAACCUCGGAUGUUUGAGAAACCAAAGCGCUAUUCCCACCUCUAAGAAGCACUUCUCAUUUUCCACAAAGGCGAUGACUAAAUCAAGCGAGAACAAGGCUUCAUCUGGACUUCCUAUUGAUUUGAGAGGGAAAAGGGCUUUUAUUGCUGGUAUAGCUGAUGAUAAUGGAUAUGGUUGGGCCAUAGCCAAAUCUCUCGCUGCUGCUGGAGCUGAAAUAUUGGUUGGGACAUGGGUUCCUGCACUUAAUAUCUUCGAGACGAGCUUGAGACGUGGAAAGUUCGACCAGUCUCGUGUGUUGCCUGAUGGGUCAUUGAUGGAGAUCAGAAAGGUUUAUCCUUUGGAUGCUGUGUUUGACAAUCCUGAAGAUGUGCCUGAAGAUGUGAAAGGGAAUAAGCGAUAUGCAGGAUCAGCAAACUGGACUGUACAGGAAGCUGCUGAAUGUGUGAAGACAGAUUUCGGAAGCAUCGACAUUCUUGUCCACUCCCUUGCAAAUGGGCCAGAGGUUAGCAAACCCCUUCUGGAGACAUCGAGGAAAGGCUAUCUCGCUGCUAUAUCUGCUUCGAGUUACUCCUUUGUUUCCCUGCUCAGGCAUUUUCUGCCAAUUAUGAACCCAGGCAUGUAUCAAAAUUUUGCAUGUGUCUCUUAUUCUCUUAUAGUUAUGGUUUCUAAUUUGUUUCGCUAUGAUGAUAAUAAUUCAGGAGGUGCUUCUAUUUCUCUUACAUAUAUUGCCUCUGAAAGGAUCAUUCCCGGGUACGGUGGAGGUAUGAGUUCUGCGAAAGCCGCACUAGAAAGUGAUACACGGGUGCUUGCAUUUGAAGCUGGAAGGAAACAAAACAUUAGGGUCAACACCAUCUCUGCAGGUCCUUUGGGAAGCAGAGCAGCGAAAGCAAUUGGGUUCAUAGACACAAUGAUUGAGUAUUCCUACAAUAAUGCACCUAUUCAGAAAACAUUGACUGCAGAUGAAGUUGGGAAUGCAGCAGCUUUCUUGGCAUCUCCAUUGGCCUCUGCCAUAACCGGUGCAACUAUCUAUGUGGACAAUGGCUUGAACUCGAUGGGCGUUGCCCUUGACAGCCCGGUUUUUAAAGACCUCAACAAAUAGGGUAUUUAUCAACGAAAUGAACAUGACGAAUUCAGUUUACUGAAGCUUUGCUUGCCUGUGUCUUUAUGAGUAGUUUAUGAUCUCUAUCGGCUUGUUCUUUUCUGCUUCUUGGAGGAGAAUAAAUUAUGUCUUUAAGUUUGUCAUAUCUCAUAUGUAUCAACUGUUGCACUAUGAAUUCUUCUUAUGAUUGACAAUUUGCAAUUGAAGGAGCUAUCAAGUUUCUGCUGUGUGUUGUAGCCACAUUUACUCUGUUCUUUUGUUUAUCGCUGCGACUGCGGCAAUGAAAGAGAAAAUCUUUACGUUGCGUCAAGAUGGAGAUCACAAUUGCAGUUGAAGAUGACCGCUG